AUGGGAAACAAACCGAGUCUUCAGGAGCAAUGUCAGCAAAAGGUAAGAGCAGGUUGUCUGUGCGUGCUGGAAGAGGCGAAGAGAUCUUGUUUGACUACUUAUUAGUCUGUCGGGAAAAUAAUGAGAGCAAUGUCGCUGCGUCAAUCGUGUUGUAAUGGUGGAAAGCAACUUAUAAUUUUGCCACGACACUGUUCAUUCCCUCGGCGGCGACGCAAGCUUCAAACGCGACAGAUUAAAAUUAAAAAAGUUUAUUUUUUCCAAAUUUCGGAUGUUCUUAUUUUUACUCCCGCUUUGGUGAUAUUUUAUACGAAAAAAUAUUUCUUCGUAUAAAAUGUCACCUCAAUGAAAAAUGAAAAAAGAAUAUUCAAAAUAACAAAAAUUAGUCUAAAUGUGUAGCAAGAUUAUUUUUGCACAUUUUUUGGCUUUGGUGACAUUUUAUACGAAAAAUUAUUUCUUCGUAUAAAGUGUCACCUCAAUGAAAAAUGAAAGAAGAGUAUUCAAAAUAACAAAAAUUAGUCUGAAAUGUGAUGUAAAAUUAUUUUGGGCUUUAUUUUGGCUUGGGUGACAUUUUAUACGAAAGAAUAUUUCUUCGUAUAAAAUGCCACCUCAAUGAAACGUGAAAGAAUAGUAUUUAUAAAAACAAAAAUUAGUCUGAAAUGUGUAGCAAGAUUAUUUUUGCGCAUUAUUUUGGCUUUGGUGACAUUUUAUACGAAAAAAUAUUUCUUCGUAUAAAAUGUCACCUCAAAGAAAAAUGAUAGAGGAAUAUUCAAAAUAACAAAAAUUAGUCUGAAAUGUGUAGCAAGAUUAUUUUUGCACAUUAUUUUGGCUUUGGUGACACUUUAUACGAAAAAUUAUUUCUUCGUAUAAAGUGUCUCCUCAAUGAAAAAAGCAAGCAGAAUAUUUGAAAUAGCGAAAAUUAGUCUGAAAUGUGUAGCAAGAUUAGUUUUCGCAUUAUUUCUUCAUUGGUGAUAUUUUAUACGAAAAAAUAUUUCUUCGUAUAAAAUGUCACCUCAAUGAAAAACGAGACUUCUAGAUCACGCUUUGCAGGGACAAACGAGUGCGACAUUUUCUUGCGAAUUUUGUCAUGAAAAGUUUCAAGCCAAACUUAGGCUUGAAACUUUUCACUUGAGAUAGACACCCUAGCGAUGUUUUGUUUUUGUGUUCCUUAUCGAUUUUCAAGAGAAUCACAAUGAUUUUUACAUUAUCAAAAAGAUCGAGGCUAUGAUUCAAACAGAAAAAAUAAAGUUGUAAAAUCAUGAAAAAUGCUUAUCUCAUUUGACUAACAAAGCAAAAGACUUCAUAGCGCUUUAUAAACCAGCUUUACUUUCAAUGUUUUGUCACAAAAUUAGUUUCUAUUGCUUUUAAUAGCCGCUAUAUUCAUCUACAACCAAAAAAAAAAGUUUCCCCCAAUGGUCGCCUUCUCUUUGCAGCAACUCAAACUCCACAAUGAGUACCGAAAAAAGCACGGAGUGGACCCGCUCAAGUUGUCCAAGGACCUGUGCAAAGACGCUCAACUUUUCGCCGAAAAGCUCGCUUCCGAAGGGAUUCUGAGGCAUGAUCCGACCUGUAAAUUGGGCGAAAAUGUCUUCUUCAGCAGCAGCAGUCCCGAUGGUGCGACCGAGACUUGGUACAAGGAGAGCAAUGUCAUCAAAAGUUAUGGGGAAAUCGAGGAUAUUUGCGAUCAAAUCUCGCAUUUUUCACAGGUGAGGAAAGGUUUUUUGGGAUUUUUUGGAGUAAGGAGAUGAUUUUUUAGCAAUUUUUUUGACACCAAAAUAUGAAAAAUAUGAUUUUUUUUUUUAAUUUUUUUAUUUUUUGUUAUUUUUUUAUUAAAAAAAUUUUAGCGUAAAAAAAUCUCGUUUAAGAAAAUAAAAAAAAAUUAAAAAAAAAUAUGAAAAAUAUGAAUUUUUUUUUAUUUUUUUAUUUUUUUUAUUUUUUUUUAUUUUUUUUUUAUUUUUUAAUUAAAAAAAUUUAGCGUAAAAAAAUCUCGUUAAAAAAAAAUAAAAAAAUUUUUUUUAAUUAUUUUUUUUCAGAUAGUUUGGAAAGAAUGCCAUGCAAUGGGGAUUGGAGUCGCCAAAGGAAGCAACGGAUAUUACGUGGUUUGUCGCUACAUGCCCAAUGGAAAUCGGAUCGGUCACUACAAAGAGAACGUUUUCGAACCGAAAAACUGA